AUGUCGGCCCCUACACAGCCACUUUCGCGCGCGCCCUCUCAGGUACCAUCAGUUGACUCCUUCGUUCCAUUGACAUCCAAAGCCACCAGCAGACACCCCACUGCCCGCCCGACAACCACUGCCACCAGCGUUGUCGGCCAGGACAUCAUCUGCGCCGUCAGCGAGUCCCGCGGCGUCUCGUCUAUCGUCGGAUUGGCUUUCGUCAAUUUGGCCACGGCUGAAGUGGUUUUGUGUCAGAUAUGUGAUAGUCAAAUCUACGAAAAAACCGUUACCAAGAUCGGUGUCUUCGAGCCCAAUGAGAUUUUAUUCAUGAACACCGCCAGGGAGUCCAAGCUGUGCUAUAUCCUCCAAGAGAAUCUACCCGAGCCGACGUUCACGUUCAUGGAUCGGAAGCUAUGGUCGGACAAAACAGGAUUGGAGUACCUUGAUCGACUGGCAUUUAGGGACGAGGUGGACUCGCUCAAAGUGAUACUUAUCAGCAACUAUUUCACCGCGUGUUGCUUUGCUGCGGCGCUGAAGUAUGUGGAAAUGGAGCUCGAGCGCGCUUUUGCCUCUCAUUCUUUGCGAAUCAAGUUUGAACCAUCGCAAGGCUCUAUGACCAUUGACCUCGCCACGGUCGUAUCCCUCGAGUUGAUUCAGAACCUUCACAACGCCAAAUCUCGGGAUAGUCUUUAUGGAUUGCUCAACGAAACUCUUACUCCCAUGGGAGCCCGGCUAUUGCGAGCCAGCCUCCUGCAACCAUCGACAGAACGAGUGAAGCUGACGGCACGGUACAAUGCCGUCGAAGAAUUGUCAACAAAGGAAGAUAUGUUCGUAUCUGUUCGGCAAGCAUUGAGAGGAUUCAUCGAUUCCGACCGGGUGUUGACUUCGAUAAUUUUGGUCCCAACAAAGCAGACUGUCCAGUAUGUUGAACAGUCGGUCAACAACAUGAUUAUGUUGAAGACAUACGUUUCCUCGAUCCGAAACAUCUACCAGGCACUCGGAGCAGCACAGAGUGACCUUCUUCUAAGCAUUCGUGAGUUGUGUUCUCCGGCCGAACGUCGCCCCGUUGAACAACUCUUGGAACAAACACUCAACGAGAACGUUACAUAUCAGAGCAAGCCACUCGACCUUCGAAACCAGAGAACCUACUGCGUAAAAGCCGGUGUCAAUAGUCUACUUGACGUGGCUCGACAAACCUACAAGGAGGCAAAUUCCGAUGCGACAGAAUUGGUCGAGAGACUAGCAGAAACGCAUGAUAUGGCACUAGAUCUCAAGUAUGACAGUGCUCGACAAUACUACAUCUGCAUCCCAACUUCCGAAUCCGAGGCCUUGCCCAAGGACUUUAUCAACAUAUAUCGCAGAAGAAAUAGGAUCGAGUGUCAGACACUGGACCUUGUCAAGCUUAAUCAGAGGAUCACUGACGCCCACAAUGAGGUAGUUAGUAUGAGUGACCAAACGAUCCAGGAUUUACGUUGCGAUGUCUGUGCAGUGGUUGCAGGAUUGUUUCGAGUCAGCGAAGCCAUCGCCAUGUUGGACAUGCUGGCGGCCUUCGCACAGCUUGCUACUAGCUAUGACUAUAUCAGGCCUGAAUUGACGGCCACGUUGGCAAUAAAGGCUGGUCGUCAUCCCAUCAGAGAGCAGAUUCACUCGAGCAAGUUCAUUCCAAAUGACGCAUACGCGACACCGCAAACACGAUUCCAAAUCAUUACGGGUUGUAAUAUGAGUGGCAAAUCCACAUAUAUCCGGUCCCUUGCACUCAUGACGAUCAUGGCACAGAUAGGCUGCUUUGUUCCAGCCCAGUACGCCUCAUUCCCGAUUGUCCACCAGCUAUUUGCACGCGUCGCGACUUCGGAUGACCUCGAUGCCAACGUCUCGACAUUCGCGGCCGAGAUGCGCGAAAUGGCAUUCAUCUUACGCAACAUCCAACCUCGCGCCAUGGUUCUCGUUGAUGAGCUAGGCCGUGGCACAAGCACGACCGAUGGGCUUGCAAUUGCCAUCGCUCUCGCGGAAGCCCUUCUUGCUAGCAACAGUCUCGUGUGGUUCGCUACGCAUUUCCAUGACCUGGCUCGCAUCAUGUCCGACCGCAGCGGAGUGAUCAAUCUCCACCUAGCCGCAAACAUCGCUGAAGAUGUGACCAAGAUGACGAUGCUAUACCAGAUAUCUGAAGGCCCUGUUCCUGACCGUCGCUAUGGCCUCGCUCUUUCUAAGCUAGUCGAUCUUCCGCCUACCGUUCUCAAAGUUGCAAAUAACGUUUCUGAGGCACUUGAAUGCAUUUCACAGCAGCGAAACAGUGAUUCGCGAACAGUGACCAUUGCCAAAAAGCGAAAGCUGCUACUUUCCUUGCGCGAGCAACUUCUGAUUGCGCGGAAUAGCACGAUGGAUGACGAGCCUCUCCGCUGCUGGUUGAUCAAGCUACAGCAGAAUUUCUCGGAGCAAAUGAAUGCGUUCGACGGUGACUGGGAAGCCACUGAUCAGGAUGAAUCUCAAAUCGUCUCUGAAAGUGCCCCUUUAAGCGAGUCGUCAAAGGCUAGCCCUGGCCUUGAUCAAUCUCCAGCCAAGAGAUCCUCUGCAAUGUCGAAAUCAAUCCUCAUUGAAUCCGAUACUGAAGCGUCCACGACGGACAACGAAAGUGUUGUGUUGGUCUAA